ACGAGCCAUUUUUUAUUUGUAAAUAUAAACUAAAAAAAUAAUCUGAUUAAUUACACCUAAAGAGUUACCAGUCAAAGGCAGUUUAAUUUAUUUAAUAUAACAAAAUCCACAAGAUGACGAUUAAAUAUAUUUUCAUCCUAUUCAUUGCGCAAAUAACAGUAUUGGCUAUAUGCCCAACAAUAAUCUUCCAAUGCGGCUGCUUGACUUCGAUACUGAAAAAUGGGUCCCUGACUGCCAGAUGCAGCGACAUUUCCGGCUUAUUUUUCGAGUGUUUGGCUGGACUGCAGGUUGAAACAUUGGAUCUUUCAGGCGUUGGUCUUGAAGAAAUUCCAAAUGCCCUGAAUUUAACAGCUCUCAAGGACCUUAUGCACCUGGACCUCUCGAACAACAAAAUCUCGCACCUGAACAGUUUUAACUUCAGAACAAUGCCUCGCCUGCAGAGUGUAGAUUUAAGCCAUAACGAUCUCACGGAUUUGCCCGGUGACCCAUGCCGUAUACCCUUCAUCGAUGUGAGCCACAACAAAUUGACCGAUAUGCACAGCUUGGUUGUACUUUUUAGAACCAAUGCGAACAUCAAGGGAAAUCCGAUUCUGUGCGCAUGCUCUUCGCCUAUUGUGAAAAGAUUCUAUUCAAUGGCGAGUCUGUCCAAAUUGGAGAGUAUCGAUUGCGUUUUGCAUGAAUCCGAUCAUCCAAAACCUUUGUCGACGCAGUGCCACAAGGAAGUCGACAAAGAUCAAACUCCUUCAUCGGUGUUUUGGUUGCUUAUCCUACUUAUAUUUCCUUCUCUCUGUUUGUUCGGGAUUGGCAUCGUAUGGCUAUGGAAAAAAAUGCAAUAAUGGAACUCACUUAUUGCACUGAUCGAAUCAAUCAUACCUCAUUAGAAAAAUUUAAGAUUACGAAAUAGAUAUUUUCCUGCAGACAGUAUUAAACUUUUCAGUAAAGAGCUCGCCAUGCAGUGAAAAAGACGUUACAUAAACAUUCUUGAUCAGCAUAACUAGACGAGUUAAUAUAGCCAUGUUCAUCUUUUUCUGCUCUAGCUCAGUUAUGAAGCUUCGCAGAAAAAACAAAAGUCUUACAAGUAUUGCAGUAAAUUCUAAGCAUUUUAAUGAAAGUAUUGAGAAAAUGUGUAUUACCAUUUAAAUAAUAAACAAUUGACGAAGA